UCUUGCGCUCACUUUGGUCGUUCUCGUCAAAACCCGGGUUCGUGUGUGCGACGACGAGUCAGUCACAAAUUGAGCUUUCCGGUGAUGACCUAAUGAUCUCCUUUGUGUCUUACAACAAUACGCAAAGAAACUUUUCCCCUUUGGAGGUCCCCGCCACCAUCCGGUUGGCGAAACCUACUAAUUCUUGAAAAACAUCAACCGUUUUUCUCCUACAACAAUAUCUAUUGACGGUGAAAGACCCGUCAAUAAGGAUUCCGCAAUAUGGCCGCCGGUAGCGCGCGCAUCGUGAGAUAUAUUCUCUUCGCCUUCUUCUUUCUCGCAGUCCUUUAUUUCGUAUCCCAUUCCUCGUACGAUGGAGUACCUCAACUAAAACCCUCGAAUUUCGGUGUCGGCAAAGGCUCACCACAAUCCACAAAGCCCGAGAAGCAAGCAGGCGAUGUUGGUGGAGUUUCCUCUAGUUGGGGUAGCAAGUCAGAUGACUUUUCGAAGAGCACGCCAGGUUCCACGAAGGGCUCAGCAUCGAAGCCGGCUACUGGAACUCCCAAGCAAUUCCAGGAUCUCGCCGAGGCCCCGAUGGCCCUAUCGCCGUCUGACCAAGGAUGGGAUGAGCUUCUGGGAACUGCCCCUGGCCCUCGUAUGAACGCUACAUUUGUCAGUCUUGCUCGUAACAGUGACGUAUGGGAGAUUGCUCGCUCUAUUCGCCAAGUCGAGGAUCGCUUCAACCGCCGAUACAACUAUGAUUGGGUCUUUUUGAAUGAUAAGCCAUUUGAUGCUACGUUCAAGAAGGUUACCAGCUCUCUCGUUUCCGGAAAAACUUACUAUGGCGAAAUUCCCCACGAGCAUUGGUCAUUCCCUGACCAUAUCGACCAGGACAAAGCGCGCAAGGUCCGUGAGGAUAUGGCGCAGCGAAAGAUUAUCUAUGGCGACUCCGUCAGCUACCGACACAUGUGCCGCUUCGAGUCCGGUUUCUUCUUCCGUCAGCCGCUGAUGAUGAACUACGAAUACUACUGGAGAGUCGAGCCCAGCAUUGAGCUUUUCUGUGAUAUCCACUAUGAUCCUUUCCGCUUCAUGGCUGAGAACAAGAAGAAGUACAGCUUCGUGCUUAGUCUAUAUGAAUACGUCGAGACUAUCCCCACACUAUGGGACAGCGUCAAGAAAUUCAUGAAGAAUUACCCUGAGCACAUUGCUGAGGGCAACUCUAUGGGUUUCUUGAGUGAUGACGGCGGCGAAACCUAUAACCACUGUCAUUUCUGGUCUAACUUCGAGGUCGGUAACCUUGAAUGGCUUCGAUCUAAAGCGUAUGUCGACUUCUUCGAGUCCCUCGAUAUGGAUGGUGGAUUUUUCUACGAGCGAUGGGGAGAUGCACCUGUCCACUCUAUCGCCGCCGCUCUCUUGUUGAAGAAGGAAGAGCUCCACUUCUUUAACGACAUCGCAUAUUACCACGUUCCUUUUACCCACUGUCCGACUGGUGAGAAGACGCGGCUAGAUCUCCGCUGCCACUGUAAUCCCAAGGAAAACUUUGACUGGAAAGGAUAUUCUUGUACUUCAAGAUACUUCGAGGUCAACGGGCUGGAGAAGCCGCAAGGUUAUGAGAAUCAACAGGACUAGAUAAAAACGGGAUGAGGGAAAAAACGAUUGUAGAGUAGACACUAAUCAUUUUCUAAUGACGAUCUACCAUAACGCAUCACCAUAGGGGGUAUUGACGGCGGGAAAGGAGGUUGGCGUCCA